AUGGAUCCAAAGUCCCCCUCAAACUUUCACAUGCCACCGACACCGGCAGCCAAUGCACUCUCCUCUAUCCCGUUUAUCCCCUUCGUAAUCAUCCUCUUCAUCGUUUUCCUCGGCGUCCUCAUCAUCUUUCUUCGACAAAAUUUUCAAUUCGUUUCCUCAGUCCGCAGUUCUGCAGCUGGAGGAGGUGUCAACAGCGCGGUACCGCUUCAGAGCACUGAGGCUGGGCUAGAUCCAGCGAUCAUUGCUUCUUUUCCGGUGUUCCGCUACGCUGAGGUGAGGAGGUUGUUGGAGGAGAGAAACGGAGGCGACUGCGCCGUGUGCCUAUCUGAUUUCGCCGCCGAUGAUGAUGUCCGACUGUUGACGGCAUGCUGCCACGCGUUCCACCCUGGAUGCAUUGAUUUGUGGUUUGUUUCACACAGGACAUGCCCGAUAUGUAGGUUGAAUGUGGAGGAAACACCGAAUGAGGCCACCGUGACGGUUUUGCGGGAGGUUGUUGCUAGUGGCAGUGGCAGCGCCGGCCAUGGAGAUAACUACGUUAUCAACAUCGAGGGGGCGGGAGAAUUGGCAGAAGCCAAGUAG